AUGGCGAACCCUGCUAGCCUGCCAUUUUCGCAGGAGAUCAGCCAAGACACGACAGGGCUGAGCACGUCGCAAGCGCAAGAGUUCGAUGCGUCCUUCUUCGACGAGGAGGAGGACGCAAGCCAGGACUUCAAAUUCUUCGAGUUCUCACACACCCAGGGCACGGAGGCGGAUGUGGAGUUCAACUUCAACGAGUUCGCUGGCAUGUCGCAAGAUAGUUCGCAGCCCGCUUUCUCGGACUGGGCAGCCGACGGAAGCAAACCCUCAGUGGAUGGAGACUCAGAGCAGCCGUACGCGGAUAAUCGCAACUACCAGGACGGGAAUGUGGGGACGGAUGGGAGCAGGGAACUCCCGGCGCAUGCCUGCGCCUACUGUGGGAUUCACAAUCCCUCGUGUGUAGUUCGAUGUAUCAAGACAGGGAAGUGGUUCUGUAACAGCUCAGGGAACAAGUUCAGCGGCUCCUGCAUCGUCAACCAUCUGGUGAGAUCAAAGCAGAAGGAGGUCUCCUUGCACCGUGAUUCCCCUCUUGGCGAGACCGUACUCGAGUGCUACAACUGUGGAGAAAGAAACGUCUUCAUGCUCGGAUUCAUCCCCGCAAAGCAAGAGCAGGUUGUUGUGCUGCUCUGUCGCCAGUGCGUGCAGGCGGGGGGGAUGAAGGACAGCAACUGGGACCUAUCGCUGUGGCUGCCGCUCAUCGAUAGCAACAAGUCGUUCCUGCCAUGGCUGGUGAAGCCACCUUCUCAGUUCGAGCAAUCGCGAGCUCGUCUCCUCACAGCCACGCAGCUCUCUAAGUUGGAAGAAGUCUGGAAGAACAAGCCAGAUGCAAACCUGGAAGACCUCGACGAACCUGGGAUCGACGAUGAGCCGACACCAGUUCCGAUGCAGUUUGAGGACGCCUAUCAGUACCAAAACAUCUUCGGCCCACUGGUCAAGUACGAAGCUGACACGGACAAGCAGAUGAAGGAGCAGCAGACCAAGGAGGACCUGGUGGUGCAUUGGGACAUUGGGCUGAACAACAAGCGCAUUGCUUACUUCAUGUUCGCCAAGGACGAGGGAGAGAUCCGGUUGAUGCCCGGAGACGAGCUCAAGCUCAAGUUCAACGACGGGCUCAAGCAGUGGAGCAGCAUUGGUCACGUCAUCGAGAAGCCCAGCAGCGAGGAGGUCGCGCUGGAGAUCAGGAAUGGCAACAACGCGCCCAUCGAGGCCACCCAUGGCUUCAGCGUUGAGUUUGUCUGGAAGUCCACCACUUAUGACCGCAUGCAGAGUGCGAUGCGAACCUUUGCUGUGGACGAGACUUCAGUGUCCGGCUAUCUCUAUCACCGCCUUCUUGGGCAUGACGUGGAGCCGCAACCAAUUCGUUGCUCUCUCCCCAAUCGAUUCUCCGCUCCUGGCCUUCCUGAGCUCAACCAUUCUCAAGUGUUUGCGGUGAAAAGCGUUCUGCAGCAACCUCUCUCUGUCAUCCAGGGACCCCCAGGAACCGGCAAGACCGUCACCAGUGCCUGCAUCGUCUACCAUCUCUCUCGGAUGGGCCAUGGGCAGGUGCUUGUUACUGCCCCCAGUAACGUCGCUGUGGAUCACCUGACUGAGAAGAUCCACAAGACGGGGCUGAAAGUCGUCCGCAUGUGUGCGAAGAGCAGGGAAGCAAUCGGCUCCAGCGUUGAGCAACUCACCUUGCACUACCAAGUGCAACACUUGGACACGUCUGACAAAGCGGAAUUCCGAAAGCUACAGCAGCUCAAGAAAGAGCUUGGCGAGUUGUCCACCCAGGACGAGAAGAAGUACAAGCAGCUCAAGCGCGCGACUGAGAGAGAGCUUUUGAUGGCUGCUGACGUCAUCUGCACCACUUGCGUCGGAGCAGGAGACGCGAGGCUCAACGGGUUCCGCUUCACCAAGGUGCUGGUCGACGAGUGCACGCAGGCGACGGAGCCGGAGUGCCUCAUCCCCAUCGCCAUGGGAGCGAAGCAGCUCGUGCUCGUGGGAGACCACUGCCAGCUGGGGCCUGUCGUGAUGUGCAAGAAGGCUGCCAAGGCUGGGCUGCAGCAGUCGCUCUUCGAGAGGAUGGUCAACCUCGGGGUGAAGCCAGUGCGUCUGCAAGUUCAGUACAGGAUGCACCCGAUUCUGAGUGAGUUCCCCUCUAACACCUUCUACGAGGGCACACUGCAGAACGGGGUCACUCACGCCGAGCGACACGCGCAUGCCAUCGACUUCCCAUGGCCUGUCGCGUCCAAGCCGAUGAUGUUCUACAUCUCGACCGGCGCCGAGGAGCUCUCAGCCUCGGGUACUUCCUACCUGAACCGAACUGAAGCCUCCAAUGUUGAGAAGAUCGUCACGCGGUUCCUGAAAGGAGGAGUGGUCCCGGAACAGAUCGGCAUCAUCACCCCGUACGAGGGUCAGAGAGCUUACAUCGUGCAGUACAUGUCGAGGAACGGAUCCUUGAGGAAGCAGCUCUACAACGAGCUCGAGGUGGCGAGUGUGGACGCGUUCCAGGGCAGAGAGAAGGAUUUCAUCAUCCUCUCCUGCGUUCGCUCCAACGAGGGCAAGAGCAUCGGAUUUGUCAACAACCCCCGGCGCCUCAACGUUGCCCUGACCCGAGCGAGGUACGGAGUUGUCAUCCUAGGGAACCCCAAGGUCCUUGCCAAGCAGCCCCUGUGGAACAACCUGCUGUGCCACUUCAAGCAGCACGAGUGCCUGGUCGAGGGCCCUCUCAACAACCUCAAGCAGAGCAUGAUGCAGUUCCAGAAGCCUCACAAGCGAGAAGGAGGAAGAGACCCGGAGUAUGACCGGAGAGCUGUCCCGUACUCCUUCGAUGGCCCUCCUCCUGGCUUGAACUUCGCCGGAGGCUCAGGCCCCCCCAACAAUAGGAUGGACUUCUACGGGGGAGGAAACAUGCAGACGCAGGAGGCUCUUUCGCAGGGCAGCUCGAUGUACAACUCGCAGGCUGGGAUGAGUCAGUUCAGCCAGCAGUUCGGAGACAAGCUGAGCCUGGGCAUGAGUCAGGACGGGUUCGACAUGCGAUCGCAGAACAUGGCGACACAGAACAUGCGAGGGUCGCAGUCGCAGUCGCAGUCGCAGUCGUCGCAGGGACGCUACUACUGAAGGUGACAAGGAAGAGAAGAAUCUCAAAGCAGCUCAGAACCCGGGAGGGUUUGGAAGAGACGAUCUCACAUGAAGAGCCGACGGCCUCGUCCUGUUUGUGAUGGCGAUGCGGGAAAGAGGAGCAGGUCCUCAGAGAUGGGAACCAGUGAAUUCCUCGCGCAUGAAUGGAGGAGGAUGAGAUUGAACGGGCGAGACUGCCAGGAAGCCAAACAGAGACUCCCUCGCGACUUUGUUCUUCCUCAAGUCGACUGCUGUGGGUAGCAGCGAGUCUCAGCAAUCAGCCAGCAGAGACAAUAUGACAUGAAGCAGCAGACUCAGCGAUCCGUUUCAGAUCGAGAGGACAUGAAGGCAUGCAAGAUAGCCAGCUUCUUGCAAGGAUAUGAACGAUGAAGACAAUCACAAGGCGGACGAGGACAACGACGAGGUGUCUUCUCGUCCGAUCUCGUCUGCUCAUUUUUCUUUGAGCUAUGCUCCUCCUGCCCUCCCAUCCCGGCAGCUGUGGCUGCUCCGCCUGUGCAACUGACCGCAGGGGCAAGAGACUGAUAGCUCUCUUUCUCUUCCGAUCGAGCUGGAGACAAGCGCGUGCUCUGCUCCUCUCGUCUUUUCAACAUCAUCUGCUUAAGUUGUCGUGCAUUAAACGUUCGCCGCAUGUU